AUGAUCAAGAAGGGUGGGUGGAACAUGAAAAAAAUGAAGAUUUUUGGUGUGGAACGUGGGAGGUACAGGAUAGUUUUGAGUCAAACUUGGAAAAAAAUGUUGAAUUUAAUGAACAUAAUUUGGAUUCCAAAAAAAUGCAUUGAAACUCUCAAAGACUUCAUCGGUGUCAAAAUAUCAAAGCUGAAUUUGAAUUUCUCAUGA